AUGCCGCCGCCGAGUUUGAGUGUUUGGGAUGGGCUCCUGCAUUUCUUUUGCGGUCGGUCCUGCGCCCUCAACAGCAACGGCCUCCAGAAGGACGAGCCUUGCCCGUGUCCUGCUACGUGUCCUGCGACGUUUGGUGGUUCAAAUGUCCGCGAGCUUUGCAGUAGCCGCGCGCGCACCUUCGUGGACCCCAAGGAAAUGGCUGCAUAUUUGGAAGAUCUUGCAGACCUGACUAGGCCAGACGCCCUCGUGGCAUACCUCGCAUCGUCAGAGCAUGCUUUCACUGGCUACUGCAGUCUCAAAAGAAGUUGCAUGUUGGUUUCGCCGCGAGCAUUUCGACCAGCCGAUACCCGCCGCGGGCGCUCAGAGGCGCGGCUGAAGCAAGUUCCCGUGUUCCUCAACGUGUACGACGUGGGUGACGGUGAGGAAGUGUUGCUACAUCAUUUUGACUGCGCCUUCGGCAUGCUGGGCAUUUUUACGGAGACUCCGACUGCCAGAUCUUGUGGCUCAGACUCCCUCCUCUCCUCCACCGCCCGCGCGACAGUGAUCAUGAUCUCCGAGGUCUCAGAGGUCAAAGCACUCUUGAUGCAGGAGCUGCGCGAAUUCCAAGUACAACUUGUUGGCGAGCUGCGAGAGAUGCUGAAUCAGCAACGCGAAAGCAUCAUCUCGGAAGUGGCCGUUUGUCUUCGUUGCAAAAAUGCAGAGGCAGGCCACUCACAUUCCAAGCAACCUACAAGCGUUUCGUUGCUGGACGAGGACGACAAGAAUUUGGAGCCAUUCGAGUCCUCCGACCCACAGUAUGAUUGUGAUUGGGCGACUUUGGAAUCCACAACGCGGCGCCUGGACCUGUUUGCCGAGGAGUUGCAGGAUGCUGAUGUUGGGCACACAAUCACGCACAAGUACGAGGACAAUCUUUGGAGCCAGGUCAGCAUCACGGAGGAGAGUGAUGCGGGCGCCCUCAACGAACACUCUCCGGAUCGAGUUCUGUCGGCCCUGCCCAGCCUGGGUGCAUCUGGGGCAACUCCGCAGGCCCCCGCCAAGAACCUGGCGGAUGAGGACGUCGAUGCGUCGGUUCUUAGCCGGCCUGAAGAAGGUUGCAGCUCGAUUGCAAGUUGCACCAGCAUUGAGGUGAAGCCUGAAAGCGAGCCGGGCUCAUUGUGGCACUCCCCGACCUUGGAGUCAAGAUCUCCCAUCGCGACGAACGUUUAUCUGUUCCUGUAUGAUAUCUCUCAUGGAUGGGCCUGCUACUUGUCUGACGCGGUCCUUGGCCAGACCAUCCGGGGCCUCUACCAUACCUCCGUGGUCAUUAAGUGGGAUGACCGCGAAGAGUGGGCUAUGGAGUAUUACAUCGGUGAGGGCAGAAUCCAGGUGUCGCAAGCUGGGCGGACAGCCUUCGGGCGGCCGAUAGACAAAAGGUUCGUGGGGAUCAGCAGCAAGACUAUGGCCGAGACUGCACAUUUCUUGGAGAGGCAGCACCCGAUGUUCACCGAAGGCACGUAUGACCUAGCCCACAACAACUGCAACAGCUUCAGCGCCGCCAUGCUUCAGUACUUGUGCGACUGGCAGCUCGGCAUUCCGAAAUGCUUUAUCAUGCGCGAACAGUUUGGGAAAAAGUGCUGCAGACGUACGUUGCAGCUUUUUCCGGUUGUGGCAAGCAGCUGCCGGGUGCGUUGCGUUGCUAGAGAUAAUGUUGCUUUUGCAAACUAG